GCAUAUCAGGGAAGGAAGGACAUUUUAGAUUUAUUAAAAAACCUGUCUAUUUUGUAACACACCUUGACCCGUCAUAGAACUUUUUUUUUUUUUUUUUGCUGGAAGGUAAGGAUAGCACGCUGGUGUAGACCUGUGCAGAGGAGCGAAUGCUGAUACAUACGAAACCCUAUGCACAAGAAAAGUGACCAGUUCAGCGUGCUUUUAAAUUGAAUGAAAAGUGAUACAUAAAUUGCAAACAAGAACAAUUUUAAAAAAAUCAUACGUGUAAUGAAUACUGAACAUGCGAUUGCUCACACGAAUCAACAGUCCGGUUUGUCACUUGAUUAUAAUCUUCUCCUUGACGUUCUCUUUAGCCCCAUUCUGUUUCCGUAACCUGCUUUAUUCGCCUACCUUUUCUCGAAGUCUUCAUCUCAGACGAAUGAGUCGUGCGUUUUUGCUUCAGAACAUGCAGGAUGGAACAGAUGCUUUGAGAUUCUUCAAGCAUAAAAUCGGCUCUUCACACUUUAAGUAUGAAAACAAAGAUAACAACUCUGUUCCCUGUAACUACAAAGCAUCUGUAUUGCAUAAUUCCAAAGCUCCAACUGGAAGCAUACCGCUUGUCAUCACCAUUAUUACAACACGGCGUCGGCCUGAGUACCAUUACCUCCUGCAGGUCGCACGUGGCUUUCUUGACCGGAUAUCAGAAUGUGGAAAUGAUUGCUCAGAUUUUCAACUUUUUGUCUGUAAUGUAGACUCCUCUCCCUCUUCCCAUGAAGAUGCCUGCUUACUCUCCCAACUCCUUCCCUCUGUGACACACUAUUUGAAUGAUGAACAGCAAGAUAACCCUCCCAACCAAUUUGAGCGGGAAAAGCAAGAUUAUGCUUUUUGUCUCUCACGUACUCUAGAGACUUUCUCUCCAGAAUAUGUGUUGCUUGUUGAAGAUGAUGCUGUACCAAAAAAUGACAUUUUUAGUGCCUUUUUCCAAUUGGUGCAGGUGAGAUUCCCCACAAAACCCCUGGGAGGUGGUCUUUAUGUUAAAUUCUACCAUCCUGAGAGACUGCAAGGUUAUUUGAACCCAGAGCCUAUGCGAAUUCUUGAAUGGAUUGGUUUAGGCUUUUUACUAGGAAUAAUUCUGAACUGGAUGUACACUAAAAUGUUUUAUCAGCAGAGAUUUAGCUGGUGCAUUUUUAUUUCAUUUACAGUUUACUCAAUGUUGUUGGCAGAGCUUUUUGGACGCCAUUAUCUUCUGGAACUUAGACGGUUGUUGCCUGUGCUGUACAACGUGGUGCCUACAACUGAAUGCUGCACUCCUGCAAUGCUUUUUUCUGAAGCUUCUGCCCAUAGAACAUUGGUUUACCUUAAAGAAACAAAGUGUGAGAGUGGCUAUGCAAAGGACACUGCUCUGUACAAAGAGUUAAAAAGGAGAGGAGACUGGGCAUGGGUCAUAGAACCCAACAUGGUGACUCAUGUAGGUUUGUUUUCAACACUUAGAGAUGGGAAUGAAGAAGAACCGCAACUGUUGUAAUUAUUGCAAGCCCACUUCUGCAUUAACAAAAAUAUGUGCAAUAUUCAAACGAUCCUUUAAAGUAAUAGAUUUUGUAAUUUAUCACAUCUUUCAUAUUGAAGCCUUAAUGGAAAUUUACAUUGGAUUAUUAUUUAAAAUACAAACUUUACAUUCAUGUUGUUUGUAAUGCAUACAUAUAAGUCCCUAUUUUUAAUGUGUCGUGGCUUAUCCUUGCUUCUUAAGGCAGCCAUCUUUAAAUCUUCUUUGUUCAGAAGCCCUGUUUAUCUAACUGAAGCCCAUGCAGGUAAUUCAGAGAGGGCAGGUGUUUACAAAUCCUAUUGUCAUGCGCAAAUGAUUGGUAUCUCAAAGAUGCACUUUGAAGCAGUUUUACUAUUUAACCCCUUAAGACCGCAGCCAAAUGUACAAGUUGUGAUCCAAAAAAAACGUAAACAAAACCUGGCAUUUGCGCUAUAUGUCUGUCCAACCGUAAUUCACCUCUUUCAUAUUAAAUGCACCCACACUUAUUAUAUAUC